CAAGACAACACAGUGCUUUGACCAACCUGCUGCCGCGAUCAGUCAGCUAUAGCAGAGAGCAAGUUAGUUUGAUAAAUGUUGAGUUGCUUCCGCGUCAUCUGAUGUGAUUUUGAUACCGUGAUGCCAUUGGACCUGUAUUUCUACACCGUGAACUAAAAUGGCGCUGCUGUUUAUCAAUUAAUAAAGUUGCUGCAAGUGAACGUUUCUCAGUGAUCGCAUCCGAGUGAGUCAUAAACCAACAUAGCAAUGACAUUUUUAUAGCACAGUGAAUACGUUUCUGAAACGUUGUAUUGAAGUCUGGCAAGUGUGAUUUAGACAACACAAUCAUGCGUGAAUUCAAAGUUGUGGUUUUGGGUUCGGGUGGGGUCGGUAAGAGUGCUUUGACUGUGCAGUUCGUGUCCGGAUGCUUUAUGGAAAAAUAUGACCCCACGAUAGAAGAUUUCUAUAGAAAAGAAAUAGAAGUGGACAAUUCGCCAUGUGUUUUAGAAAUAUUGGAUACUGCAGGCACGGAACAGUUUGCAUCUAUGCGGGAUCUCUAUAUUAAAAACGGCCAAGGAUUCGUUGUAGUAUAUUCAUUAACGAAUCACCAAACAUUUCAAGACAUCAAGCCCAUGAAGGAAUUGAUAACGCGCGUGAAGGGGUCAGAACGCGUGCCCAUCCUGCUGGUGGGCAACAAGGCGGACCUGGAGCACCAGCGCGAGGUGGCGCAGCCCGAGGGCGCGGCGCUGGCGCAGAUGUGGGGCUGCCCCUUCGUCGAGGCCUCCGCCAAGAGCCGCACCAACGUCAACGAAAUGUUCGCGGAAAUCGUGCGCGAAAUGAACGUUAGCCCCGAAAAAGAAAAGAAAACUUAUUGUUGUUGUACAGUGCUUUAAUAUCUAGAGUGUAAUGUGGCAUUUAUUUCUCGUAAGACUGCAAGGGCUCGGCGAGGCGGGAGAUGGAGUGGCGCCCGCCCGGGGCGCAGCGCCCGCAGCCCGAGCCGGGGCGCCCGCGGCCCGCGCCGGAGCGCCGGGGCGCCGAGCCGGCCCGCCGGCACCGAGUCGGCCGCGAUGUGCGUCAUAUCACGUUGUUAAUAUCUUUGAUACAUACCAUUGUCCAAUCGAGGUGCUUUAUCUUAUAUUUUCAUACUUUAGUACUUGUAGAUACUCCCGCAAUAACCAUUAUCACAUUUGAUGAAGAAAGUAUCCUUAUUGGAUCACACUUCUUUAAAUCAUCAUGUUUAAAAAGUUAAGUUUCUUUUAUCAAAUGUCAGAGACGCAAGCAGGAGCUGUGUCAGUUAAAUGAUUACAAUUAAUUAAAGUAAAUUAGCCAACUUUGUAUAUAAUUUCAUGAGAUUAAUGAUGUCAAAGGACAUGGACAGUUUAGAGAAUUAAAAAGCCAUCCAAAUAUGCAAUAAACUAUUAUGAUUGUGUAGAGUGGAGUGUGAUGAGGAACCGAUUACACCUAAGUCGAGUCACAGAUAGUGUUUUAUUGUGUAAAUUAUGUUUAAAUGAGAAAUCAGUAAUCAAGAAAAUACAGUAAGAUUUGUCAGUUGCGUGAUUGUGUUUUAAAAGUCUACCAGGAUUUGUGAUAAUACAUAUAACAAAGUAUCUAUAAAUAAAAGUUUUAAGUGGGAGAUUA